CGACAACAACAACUCCUCGUCUCUUUCACAAUAUCACACCCGACAACGCUCAGUGCAUAACGCCUCCCUGUACAGCACGCACCCCAUUCCACUCGCGACCCACUCGCCCAGCGUCUACUUAACCGCGACGCGAGGCUUCCUUUCUCCCCCCACUUCCCACCUCGCCAUCACCAUGACCAGCCUCGUCCGCGCUGCGCCCCUCCGGCUCCGGCCCAUCGCGCCCGCGGCGGUGCGUUACGCGUCGUCCUCCUCUGGACCGUCCAAGAAACCGGCCAAGGUGCUCGAGAGCAAGCUCGACUCGUUUGCAUCGUCCAUCGAGACCCCGCUGCUCACCAACCCCGUCAAGGACCACCCCUCGCCCAACAAGGCAGGCGCUCAGACCUGGGUGCCCCGCCCCCGCACACCGAGCUCACCAGGCUCGAGCGCGGGUGGGUUCAAGGGCCGCCCGGCACCCGUGCUGCGUACCAACAAGCUCGCGGGGAGCUUUGCCUUGAGCGAGAGCGAGCAGCGUGAGAUCAAGUCGUCCAAGCCCCCCAAGCCGGCCUACAACGGUAAGGGUGCGACGCGUAAGGCUGCCCCUCCGCCUACGAACGGUGGGUCGCGCCCCCAGCUCCGCGCGGUCCAGUCCUCGGCGCGUGGCGGUUCCUCCGACCCCAACAUUCGCACACUUCUCAAGUCGCCCGACGAGGGCAUCAUCACCGUGGGACCCGGGUACAUCCAGUACAAGGGCCCGAAGAACCCCGCCGACUUGCUCGGCGGCUCGAGGCCGGUGACCAUGAACAGCAUCAUCUCGCUGCCACGACUCCGCGAUGCCUGCCCCUGUGCCAACUGUAUUGACCCGUCGACCCGCCAGAAGAAUCACACGUCUGGCGAGGCGUACCGGCUCGUUCGCGCCCUCGGCAACGAGGUCCUCGACGGCUCAAAGAUCCACAUGGCGACCGACGACGUGACACAGGAGCAUGGAAUCGAGGUCCACUGGCCUGCGGUGGGAGAGAAUGUGGCGGAAGCGCACACGUCCUACUACCCACUCUCGCUUAUUCGGCGUAUUUCGGCUGAACGCCUCCGCGGCACGAGCUAUCUGAACCACAAGCUCAAGCGCCAACUGUGGGACCGCGAGACGCUGCUUGCCAACCAGCAUAACCUGCACACCACGUACGCGGAGCUCAAUGGCGCCGCGCCUGGCCAGCCGCUCGCUGCCAAGCCCGAGGUGCUCCUCAAGGUCCUCGAGCAGCUCCAGAUCUACGGCAUCGCUAUCCUGACGGGUGUCCCGACCGACAAGACGGGCAACAAGGACUGCGAGCUCCGCAACGUUGUUGAGCAGAUUGGUCUCCUGCGCAACACGUUCUACGGAGAGACGUGGGACGUCAAGUCCGUACCGCAGGCCAAGAACGUUGCGUACACCAACGUCAACCUCGGUCUUCAUAUGGAUCUUCUCUACUUUGCGCUCCCUCCACGCUUCCAGCUCUUGCACUGCCUGCGUAACCGUGUCAUUGGUGGCGCGUCGUACUUUGUCGACUCGUUCAAGGCCGCCGCUGCCUUCAUCGAGGAACACCCCGACCUUGCCAAGGUUCUGCGCAGCAACAAGCUCGAGUAUGAGUACGACAACGACGGCCACUACUUGAGCUACCAACACCAUGUCAUCCCGACCACGCCCCUCGCGACCGGAACCCUUCACACGGCUGUCGCCUGGUCGCCUCCAUUCCAGGCCCCUCCUGUUCGUGCAGCUCGGGACACGACCUUUACGCAGCCAUCAGACCCCGUGGCUGCUACGCGCGUGGAAAACGAGCUGUACGAGGCUCUGUCCAAGUUCCAAGAAGAGCUCGACAAGGAGAAGUACAAGUACGAGUUCUUGCUCAAGGAGGGCGACUUGGUGCUGUUUGACAACCAGCGCACGCUCCAUGCCCGCCGCGAGUUCCGCGACCGUACCUAUGACGAGGUGCAACGCGACGGCACGGUCAUUGUCCCUGGCGAGCCGACGCGCUGGCUCAAGGGCGCGUACAUUGACGGCUCGACCGUUUGGGACAAGGUUGUGUCGCUCAACGACAGCGUAAGGCAGGGCCCUACGGCGUAAGGGGGGGCAAGUGUGUGGAGUCUGAAGUGAUCUGAAUCGGUGCAUAUUUGGGUAGAUGACUGUAGAUAGC